AUGGACCCCACUGCAUCGAUAUCCGCCACUGCUACCGCUCCAGCACUAUCUCCCACCGAGACCUGUACGCAUCCCAAACCAGGCAAAAAUGGCUAUCUGCCUCCAGAAGCCUGUGAUGCCAUUCUUCUCUAUGUGCCGUCCUUUGGCGCAGCCAUCUUUUUCACGAUCCUGUUCGGGUUAACGACCCUCUGCCACGCCGUCCAAGCUUUCAUGUUCAAAAAGAAAUAUGCCUGGGUCGUGAUCAUGGGAGCCAGCUGGGAGCUACUUGCGUUUGUAUUCCGGAUUCUACAGACACGACACCAGGACAACGUGCCCUAUGCGACUGCCCACACCAUUCUCUAUCUUUUGGCCCCUUUAUGGAUUAAUGCGUUCAUCUACAUGACCCUGGGCCGCCUCAUCCACUUCUUCAUCCCCGAGCGACGCCUGGGAGGAAUCUCCGCCAAACGAUACGGAUUGAUAUUCGUGUGGCUGGACAUUCUCGCCUUUAUCGUCCAGCUCGCAGGUGCCAGCAUCACCACCCAGCGCGAGGUGCCCACCAGCACCAUCAUGCUCGGGAUCCACAUCUACAUGGGCGGGAUCGGACUCCAAGAACUGUUCGUGCUGAUCUUUGGCGCUCUGACAAUCCAUCUCCACCGUCGCAUGGUACAGAUGGAGAACUAUGGGGGAUUAGACAACGAAAAGACCACCCGCGGCUCCGUUUCCUGGCGCUGGCUGUUUGCGGCGCUAUAUGCCGCGUUGAUUCUCAUCACCAUCCGAAUCAUCUUCCGACUUUGCCAGUAUGCGCGGGGCACGGAUCCGACGAACCCUGUUUUGACUCAAGAGGCAUACGAAUAUGUGCUCGACGCGACGCCAAUGUUCCUUGCUCUGCUCAUUCUGAACGUCAUUCAUCCUGGUCGGGUCUUGCAGGGCCCGGACUCGGAAUUCCCCAGGGUCAGCAGAAAGGAGAAAAAGCGCAUCAAGCGCGAGAAGAAAGAAGCGAAGAGAGCCGAGAAAGAGCGCAAGAAGAGUGGGAAGAAUGAGGAUGGACGUUUCGAGUCGCUUUCAAUACAGGAGGGGGGGCAAGUUUACGAUUCCAGAGCCUAG